AUGAUUCUUGCAGAGAAUCCUGUCACUCUUCAGACUGUUGUUCGUCAGUUAUACAGAGAUGAGCUUAUAGUUUGGAGGUUUGGAGAUGAAGGAAAACUUAUAGCUAAACAUGAUGUAGAGACCAAGAGCCCACCAUUAUAUGAUGAAACUGAUGAGAGAUUCAGAGACAGACUGAAGCUGAAUCAUCAGACUGGAUCUCUGACCAUCACAAACACCAGAACCACAGACUCUGGACUUUAUAAAGUAAAAAUUAGCAGCAACAAACUGACUGUAUACCGGAAAUACAUUGUUACCAUCAGUGGUUCAGAUUUGUCUCCAGCUGUUGUAGCAGGGAUUGUUGUUGCUGUUCUGCUGGUGGCUGCAGCAGCUGCUGGUGUGAUUUAUUAUCGCCAGAAGAUAGCUGAAAUCCCAAUAACAGUGUCAGGGAUGGAGGGAGACAGUGUCGAAAUAAACACUGGUGUUACUGAAAUACAGACAGGGGAUGUAAUAGAGUGGCAGUCUGGAAAUGAAGACUAUCCCACAGCUAAAAUCAUUGGAGGGACCGGUGAGAUCACAACAUAUGAUGAUGUUCAUCAUGGGAUAUUCAGAGACAGACUGAAGCUGGACAAGAAGACUGGAUCACUGACUAUCACAAACGCUGGAAUUGAACACACUGGACCCUUUAAGUUACUGAUCAACAAUAAAUACAAGAAGAAAUUUAUUGUUUAUAUCAGAGGGAAGUCAGAGACAGUUAAUGAAGAAGAUUCUGUCAUUCUGAAGACUGAUAUUAAAAUAAAGACAGAUGAUGAGAUACGGUGGCUGUUUGGAGCUGAAGACACUCAAAUAGCUGAUAUUAAAGUUGAACUUAAUGGAGAGACCAAAGUGAUCACUAAACAUGAAGAUGCUGAUGAGAAAUUCAAAGGCAGACUGAAGCUGGACGAGACGACUGGAUCACUGACCAUCAACAACAUCAGAACUGAUGAUGCUGGACUCUAUAAACUACUGAUCCUUAGCAGAGGAAGAACCUCAUGUAGAAAAAUCUUUGUUUAUGUCAAACAUGUCUCAAGUCUGUGAAUGUUACACAGAAAGACAAGUGAAUGAGUAAGGAUCUGGAUGGAGUAAAUGAGCAGGAGGGCAUCUACAACAACAAAACAUUUUUUCAGUUUUAAUGAGCCUCUAGAACCUGUCCAGUAAAAGUGAGAAAUGAAUCUGUGUGUUGAGCUGUUUUUAAACUUGCAUUUAAAAAGCAUUGUUGAUUUUAGAUUAAUCAAAAAAACAUAGAUUUAUAUAUUUAUU